AUGAGCGCGACUGAGCUGCCCGAAGCUCUGACGAGUUCUCCCGCCGUUUUCGUCCACCCAGAUCCGCAGGCCACCGUCCUGCCCUACUUGCGGCAGCAUCUGCCCAGCGCCGUCACACAGGAGUACCUAACACGCAAUGCACGAGCACCCUACGUCGUACUCGCUUCAUACGCGCCAUCCGAAUAUCCCCCAUCAGACGACAUCUGGUCCACAGCCGUCCUGAACCCCACAUGCCGCAACGAGACUGGGUUCUGGUUCUGGUCCUCCAUCGAGCCACCCCUCCAAGGAAAGACCCAAACCGAACUCGACACCCUCAGAUCGCCUCUCGCCGUGCAAUACAAGACGGCUCAAUUGCAUCUGGACGCGAUGCUCGAGCACGUCGCGGCGUCGUACCCCGAGAUGAACUCGUUGAUCGUGGGCAACCUGCAUUCGGUUUUCACGGCGUUCAUGAAGGAGAGGCGGUCCACGACGCGCGUGAGCGAGAAUUGGGCCAAGAUGAUCUUUACGCCUGAGUCUGUGCCGGCUCUGAGCACUAUGCUGCCAGAGAGCGAGUACAGGUUCGGGCAGAUCGAGGAGCGGCACCUCGACGAGGUCCUCUCGAUGUCGUCUGUCGCGCGCGGCCGCGCGACGGUGCUCGCGUCGCCCAAUACGGCUAUCUUCUCUCGGUCUACGGAUGAGCCGCUGGCGUGGUGCUUCACGUCGCGUGAGGGUAGCGUCAGCACGCUGUAUGUCCGGCCGGAGGUGCGCGGGCGCGGGCUGGGCAAGGCCGCGAUGAGGGCGGAGCUCGUGAGAGCGUUCGAGAAGGACGGACGGCCGUUCGGGAGCGUGGAGGUUAGCUUGAAGAACGAGGCGAGUCUGCGGUUGAACGGGAGUAUGGGCGCGAAGAAGAGCUGGGAGGUGAUCUGGGCUACUGUGGACCUCGAUGCGUUGAGGGAGGCUGUGUCCGAGUCGUAA